AUGUUGGUGCCAGUAUCUGUUGUCUGUCUUGCCAUUGCAGCAAUUGCAAAUGCUGCCCCUUCAUCGACCAAAUAUGUGGUGCAUGAAAAGCGAAAUGCAGCACCAUCGGAUUGGGUAAAGGGUUCUCGAAUUGAAGGAAGUGCAGUUGUGCCAAUGAGAAUUGGUUUGACUCAAACCAAUCUUGACAAUGGUUACGAAUACCUUAUGGAGCUUUCGGAUCCAGAGUCUCCAAAGUAUGGUAAAUAUUGGUCGUCAAAGGAAGUCCACGAGAAAUUCGCUCCUCCCGAAGAAACCCUUAAGUCGGUUAAAGACUGGCUUACUUCGUCUGGUAUCCAUCAUUCUCGGAUCUCUCAUUACGAAAACAAAGGGUGGUUGGCAUUUGAUGCUUCAGUCGAAGAGGCUGAGCGUUUACUCCAAGCCAAGUUUCAUGAACAUGAGCAUAAAUAUAGUUCGAGUGUACGGGUUGGAUGUGAUGAAUAUCAUCUUCCAGAGCAUCUCGUACCACAUAUUGACUACAUCACACCCGGUGUCAAGCUUGCACCCGUCAAGAAAAGAAGUGUAAAGACCAAGCGAUCCACAUCUUACCUUUCCAAGCGAAGGAACCGUCUUACCAAGGGAAACGCUCCUUCAAAAAACUACGAGUGGACCCCAUCUGCAGCCGCCGGCCUUUCCAGCGAUCUGCAAGGUUGCGGUUCAAAUAUGACACCUACUUGUAUCAAGGCCAUGUACAAGAUUCCCACCGCUACAUUAAAUGCAUCAGGUAACUCUCUGGGACUAUACGAGCAAGGAGAUUACUUUGCAAAGUCGGAUCUUGAUCUCUUCUAUGCUCAUCACGCUCCUUGGGUCCCACAAGGAACCUACCCUAUUCCCGCACUCAUCGAUGGUGCAAAUUUCUCCGUUCCUCCAUACAGUUCUCUCAAUGGAGGUGAAUCUAAUAUCGAUAUUGAUAUGGCGUUUGCUCUUCUUUAUCCUCAGACCGUCACUCUUUAUCAAGUCGACGACCAAAUUUAUGAGCCAGAAGAGAUUGCAACCACUAACUUGUUCAACACUUUCCUUGAUGCACUUGAUGGAUCUUACUGCAACUUUAAAGCAUAUGGCGAGACCGGAGAUAACCCAUCAAUUGAUCCCGUGUAUCCCGACCCACAACCCGGUGGAUGGAAUGGAACACGCCAAUGCGGAGUCUACAAACCUACCAAGGUCAUCUCCGCAUCCUAUGGUCAAGCUGAAUCCGAUCUCCCUAUCGCCUACACAAAACGUCAAUGCAAUGAAUUCAUGAAACUUGGUCUUCAAGGUCACUCAAUCCUUACCGCAUCCGGUGAUUACGGAGUCGCUUCAUUCCCCGGAGAUGGCGAUGCGAACGGUUGUCUCGGUCCUGAAGGUAAAAUCUUUAACCCUCAAUACCCGGGUAACUGCCCCUACAUUACCUCAGUAGGUGGAACCAUGCUUUACGCCGACCAAACUGUCAAAGAUGCCGAAUCAGUCAUGCACGUCGAUCUCGGUGGAACGGCUUCCAACUUCACCAGCUCAGGGGGUUUCUCCAACUAUUUUCCCAUCCCUUCCUACCAAAAAUCCGCCGUCGAGACGUAUUUCGAGACUGCCAAACUCAGCUAUCCAUAUUACUCCGAACUCGAAGUCAACGUCAACACAACCAAGGGACUUUACAACCGCAUCGGACGAGGUUAUCCCGAUAUCUCCGCCAACGGUGCCGAAUUUCGCGCAUACCUUAAUGGGGUCGAUGAACAUUGGUAUGGCUCAUCGCUCGCAUCUCCUCUCUUCGCAUCGGUGUUCACAUUGAUUAAUGAAGAGAGAUUCGCGGUCGGAAAAGGACCGAUCGGAUUUGUAAAUCCGACACUUUACAAGAACCCUGGAGCUCUUAAUGAUAUUGUUAAUGGCACGAAUGUAGGCUGUGGAACCGAGGGUUUCGCAGCGGUAAAGGGAUGGGAUCCAGCAACUGGAUUGGGCACGCCAAAUUACCCUAAGUUGUUGAAGUUGUUUUUGAGUUUGCCUUAG